GGGACCUCGAGCUGCUGCCCGGCCGCCAUCCACGCACCACCACCGUCCCCGCCGCCAGCUCCCACGCGCGCCCGCUCUGUCCUGCCUGCUGCACGCGCUGACCGCCCCCGUGCCCCGCCCCCGCCCCGGGCGCGCCAGCUGAGCUGCGUUGCGCUGCGUUGCGCCAUCUGCCGGGUCCUGCGCUCGGGCACCAUGGUUGAGCUUGCGAGGGCGUGCCAUGUCAUAACCUCCUCCUCGUCCUCGUCCGCCCAGUCGCGCCUUCCCUCUCGGCCAUAGCCGCACGCAGCAGUCGACGGGCGCCGACGGUGUUGAUGAAGGCACACAGCGCCGCUCCGGGAUUGCACAUUCGACACCAGUACCACCUGAGCGUUCCAUAGAGAGCCGCCCUCUCUAAUGGAAUUUCUCAAGACCUGCAACACCAAUGCGCAAGCUAUCGGAGAUUUCGAAGCCGUCGCAUACCAAGCUUUCUCAGUCGCGCGCAAUCCCGCCCGCUCCUCGUCGAGUACCCUCGACUGGAACCCGUCCGAUGACAUACGCGUCGCCGAGGCCGAGUUGCGCAGCGCACACCACAUUGUGCUCCACGAUGCGGCACGCGCCUGGCUGUGGCUGUUCCGCCCUGCUGCGCCCGACCACGUCGCCCAGCCGCCGCUGGAUCCCCCGGCCCUCGACGACUUUCGCUUGAACAGAGAACAGCACGGCGUUGUGAAGGCCCACGAGCUAGAGCAGCGGUCUGCGCGAAACCCCCGGAAUGCGCCGCCAUCUGCCGCCUCCAACUCCCCCGUUACACCACGCCCGCAAAAGGCAAUCCACGGCGGCGCUGCUCAGCAGUCGCAGGGUGGGGCCCCGCUUGUCACCUCGGACCAGCCGCAGCAUGACGUUGUUGCCAUCUAUGGACUCUUCACCUCGGCUGUCGUUGCUUUGAUAUCCUUCCAUCUAGUGAAAGACUACAACGCAAUUGCUUUGAACUACCGUACUUUUGCUUCCUCGUCUGUCCUCUCUCGCGACUCCGGCUUUCGCCACGCUAGUCCCAGACCACCUCUCCGAAUCACAAAUGUUGAUGUCGCUUGGGCUUCUGCAGGCACACUCGUAGUAUCGACCUUCUCGCUGACCAGGUCUGACAUGCACUGUCUGGCCGACAUCACUCCCGAUGAUGAGCAGAAGCGCUUAGUAGGCAAAUGCGUUCGUGUUGCCCCAAAUGGCAUCUUGGCUAAAGUUAUGAGCUUCACGGACCCUGUAGACACCACCGCCGACGAUGCGGGCCAGAAGCCGCAACGGAAAAGACCCAGAUUCAGCCCGCUGGAAAAGAGCAUCGAGAGAUGGAAGUCUAGUGUGAAGCGCUGGUUGUCGUGGAAAGGCUACUCCAUCCCUCUCCUUGACAACAAGGACUCUUGGGUCAGAAUCCAGUUUGCACACAUGGGCCAAGCCGUGGCAUCAAGCCCGGCCUUCUCUAGACCCGCGCGGGAAGUCCUGUGGCCACGAGCCUUGUGCUUCUGCUUCCUCGAAUCGCCGAAUGACGCGCACUUACUUACGUCCCACGAGGAGCUACCACUGCAGGACGCUGAUGCACUGGCUUGGUUUGAGACCCCCUACAACAAAGGCUAUCAAGAUCCAAUAGAUGUCGCGCAGCAAUGGUUCCUGGGCAAGACGGAGCGCGACAGGAUUGCUGAAGCUCACCGCAAAGCCAAGAAGGCCGAAGAAGACGCCACGCGGGCCAAAGAGGAAAACCACGGCCUGUUCCCUUCGUCACCACUGAACGCUCGGACUGGGACGUACGGUGAUCUGCAUAGCGUCAGCGGUGUGUAUCCAACUCCACCUGAUGGGGUUCCGCCGGGGACUGUGAUAUCUUGUGGUGACACUCCAAGUGUUUCUGGUUUAGCUACUAAUGUCAUCCUAGCACCCGGCGGCAACAAUCCGGCCAUCAAUGUUUCGGUCCCGCAAGAUUCCACUUCCGGGGAGUCACAACAGCAAGCUUCCACGUCGCCGAAUUUCGAUUUGCAAUUCGAGGGAUACCAGACUGACGGGAAUAAUGACGACUUGUUCGAAGACAUGGACGAGGGCACUUUUGAUGAAGGGAAUGGCGUGACGGAUGCCGACUUUAAUUUUUUCGACGAUGCCGAUGGAGAGGACGUCAUCAUGCCCGACGCUCCUCCAACAGUGAAGACUGAGCCGGCGCCCCAGGAGGAGGCUGCAAUGAAGGAUGAGCCGCUGGAUCCGAUGGCUGCAUUGGAAUUUGCCUUGGCUUCAGCUUCUGCCGAGCCUGAGCAGGGAACACAGCACGAAGAAUCAGGCUACGUGCCGCUGAAAUUGGAAGUAGCAGCUUUGGAUUCUGCGAUCCCGGAGUCAUCCCACCUCUCGAACUCGGGCCUCCAAGCAGUUGCUCCAACCCCGGAAAUGACCACGCCUCCGCUAAGCCCGCGUUUUAUUGAGACGGCACUGCUGCCUUCUCCAAAACUCAAGACACCGCAAAAACAACUCUCGACACAUCACCGAGAUAGCGUCUUCGGUUCACUCAACUUCAGUCGUAAGAUGAGUCUUUCGGACGCAAAGUACAAGGCCGGACGCUUCAUGUCCAUAAGCGAGAGGUCCACGAAACUUGACGGGACAGAUAACACGCAUCGACCGAAGAGUCUGCGCGAUCUUCCCCUCAUGACGAAGCUUCGCUAUGCCAUUGGCGUAGCGUCUGCAACAGGCAAUAUCGUUGGUUCUCCGCAGGAUGUGUCAGACAGUGAGGAUUCAGACGCAUCGAGCGAGUCUUCGUCGGAGAGUGAAGAAGAAGUAAACGACGUUGUUCCCAUGCCGUUCGUUGGGAACAUCAUCAUUCCAAUCAAGCGCAAGCUGCCGACGGAAAGCGUUGCUACUCCAAUGUCUGCUGCAUCGUUUGCCGAUUCAUUUGGCGGAGACUUCAGCGAGUUGAUAGGUCUGCAAACAGACGAGUCGGCCUUGGUCGUUCUCGAGCCCACGAUCUUUGACUGGUCCUUGUUGCAUCUUCCACCUCCAACGGAACUGGCCUUCAGUGGUGCACGCUGGGCCCUACCUGCCUUUCCAUACGCAUACUCUUCUGUACCCAGCACACCAACUUCGCAACCCGACUUGUCCAUGAACUUGAUCGAAGAGAAGGCUCUGAGCGGGAAGGACCGGAUUGCAAUAGCUCAGAUUGUCACCGACCAGAUCGCAUCUGCUACCUUGGAUCUUCUCCAGCAAGGCCACGGGAGCGAGUGUUCCAAAGAACAGCCUUCUGAGUCUAUUUGGCACAGCGCCAUUAAGACGAUCUUCCCAAAUGCAACAGAAUGUAGCGUGGCGGGCCUCGCAGCCGUUCAAGAUGUGUUUCCAGACUCUUUAACCCAAAUGAAGGCACAGCAAAGACCUCCGCCCCGCAGGCCAAACGAGGCAGCUACCGCGCUUGGCCACCACAUGUUCCCGCUCAACCCACCGUAUGUGCGAGUAAAAAGGGCGGACACUCUAUGGGAUCUGUUGCCGCCUGCAAUUCCAUUCUGGGAAACACUGGGCCUAGGACCUUGCAGUCCAUCGAAGAACGUCAUGGCAUUAAGCAUCUACCCCCAUAGCAGCGCUUUGAAGCCCUGCGUCGAGGGCUUUCUGGUGAAUAUGCAACUCGCAUAUGAUGGCUGCAAGCUAGGCAACCACAGCCGCGCGGAUGCAUUGACAGAGUACCCCAACGGUCUCGUGCCAUGUAAAAUCGGGGCUGGAGCAUCGCUGCGCACCACAUUCAAGGCCCUGCGAGACACGUGUGUCCAGCUGAGUAAGGUACUCGCUGCCAAGCACGCACAGAUGCGGGACAAGGACGACUCGAGGAUUGACGCCUUUGUCAUCUAUAUGAUCGAUCCAUUUGAGCAGGCUCCGGCCAUAUGGGAGCUGUGUUCUGCGUUUUGGAGCCUCUUCCAGUCAUACCAACAACCACCUAGCCGAACUGAAGUACAAAAGCCUGACCUUGUACUUCAGAUCGUGCCCAUCAGGUACAUUGCUUCCUUCGAAGCACCAGUCAUACUGGAUUCCAACAUUUACACUGCCCUUGCACGAGAGGUAUACGAUCGAUGCCCGCCAAGUGCACCGAGCGAAGACAAGCUGCCACUCAGUAUCUACUCUGCACCUUCAUUCCAGCUAGAGGAACCUAUCCCGCGCAAUAUACAGUUCAAACUGAUGGCGGACACACCGCAAGAUUUGAUGCGGGAGAAUUCGUACAUGCACAUUGGCUAUGCCAUCAGUCUAGACGGAACGUGGGUAACUGCAGCAUGGAGCGACACUUGCGGGAAGUCACAGGCGGUUGUCUCCUACAACCUCGGUACGCGCGCCUUCGCCGACAUCGCCAGAGAGAUAUGGCAGACCACGAUCGAGAUCAUCCAGGUGCGCAGGGUCAUGUGGCGCGUCUGUAUAGCCAAAGCAGGAGUGAUGGAGCGGGAAGAGCUCGAAGCUUGGGUGUUCCUCGUCCAAUGCCCCGCAGUGCUCAACCUCUUCACCACAUUGAUGACAAUCGACACCGAGCCCCAUCUCAAGUUCACCCCGACCAUGCCGCCGCCGAGCGCCUCUGCCAACCCAGCCACCCACACCCCAGGCUCCACCCCGCAAGCCGUCGUCUCUCCCGAACAGGGCCUUACUCCCGCCGCAACUCCCGCCGUCGACACCGCCGCGGACCCCGCCGCGGACCCAGACGCCCGCCUCGUCGACAUGACCGACGAAACAUGGGGCAUCAUCCUCGCUCACCGCCUGCACAACUCAAACUCGACAAACGAGUACCGCCCCGCCCUCAUCUCGGGCCUCCUCGUCAAGCGCGGUCUCGCGCCCGGCCUGUCCGCGCCCCCGCUCGCCCCAGACGCCCAACCAGGCCCCCUCAUCACCGCCGUCAAUAUCCUCUGGAUGGGCACCGUCAAUUCGACGCGUGUCGCCGCCUCGCCGUUCCCCUCCUCCGCCGCCGACGCCAGCUCUCCCGCCGCCGCGGCCCCCGCCAGCCCCAGUCCGCAGGAACCGCGGAGCAAUAGCCUGGCCUGGACACCGACGCCGCAGACGCGCGGCGCGGCGGAGAACUUGAUGAAGGAGGUGCUGGGGCAGUUCCGGGGGCUGGGCUUGCUGGCGCGGCUGAAGGGCGUGCAGGGAGCGCGGCAUGGGAGUGUGCCGUGGCAUGUUGCUGUGGCUUUACGGGGGGUGAGAGGUCUGAGUCGGACGGUGCCGUGUUGAAUGGGAUGAAUUUUGUGUUUGUUUCGGUGUUUGGAACUCAGGGGUUUUCAUUUGACAUUUUUUAUUUUUAUUUUACAUUGGGUAUGCAGAUAUGGCGUUGAUGGGUUGUGGUGGGCUUCACCUGGAGAUUUGCAUGUGCGGCGUUUGCAGGCAAGGCCAUGUCUGUUUGUCUGUCUCUGUUUCUGUCUCUGGCUGGUGGCAUAUACCAUUUCUUCCCUUCCGUAGUUGUAAUCACUCCAAUCGAAUCCUGCUCUCCCUCCUCC